AGCCAUUGAAAGAAAUUUCUGAACAGUCUCCUUUCCAACAAGAAGAAAUUCAACAAAGUGGUCCCUCCGAACGUAUGAAGCCAAUAAAUGAAACUUCAAAAAUCGUUUCGAUGCAUCCAACAGAAAUUCAAGAAAGUGGUCCACCCAAAGAUGUAAAGCCAUUGAAACAAAUUUCUGAACAGUCUCCUUUCCAACAAGAAGAAAUUCAACAAAGUGGUCCCUCCGAACGUAUGAAGCCAUUGAAAAAAGUUUUGAAACCAUUGAAAAAGAAAGCAGGCAGAGGAAGAAUUACACGAAGUGUCAAAUAUGUAAAGCCAUUGAAUGAAAUUUCUGAACAGUCUCCUUUCCAACAAGAAGAAAUUCAACAAAGUGGUCCCUCCGAACGUAUGAAGCCGGUGAAAAAAGGUUUGAAACCAAUGAAAAAGAAAGCAGGCAAAGGAAGAAUUACACGAAGUGUUCUGGCCAAAUGUCUAAAGCGAGGAAAACUACAGUUGGGAAAAAAGGAAGCAUGCAAAGGAAGAAUGAAACAAAGUGUUCCAUCUAAAUGUAUGAAGCCAGUGAAAAAAGGUUUGAAACCAAUGAAAAAGAAAGCAGGCAAAGGAAGAAUUACACGAAGUGUUCUGGCCAAAUGUAUAAAGCGACAAAAACUAAAUUUGGGAAAAAAGAAAGCAUGCAAAGGAAGAAUGAAACAAAGCGUUCCAUCCAAAUGUGAAGAAAAGUCUGAAGAUGAAUGGGACUUAGAAAGAUCUGAAGAUGAAUUGGAAGCAGAACGCGCUAGAGGAGAGGCGGAAGCAGAACACGCUAGAGGAGAGGCGGAAGCAGGACGCGCUAGAAAAAGGGCAGAAGAAGAACGCGCUAAGGCUGAGCGUCUUUAUACACUCUUUAAUUUUUGGGGAAUUAAAAAUGAAUUAGCAGAGAUAAGAAGAAUUGAAAAUUUGGAAGCAGAGCAGAGACGUUUGAGACUGGGAGCACGUACAAGUCCAGUCACCACACGGUCGAGAAGCUUUGCACAUCUUUAUGAUUAGCUGAAAAUUUAGGCUAUGUUUUUUUUUUUUUUGUUUUUUUUAUGUCUUGUGAAUAUGCAGUAUUUCAAGAAAAUCGAAUGAAAGAACAGUCUUUGUGUUUGCAGUAAACUCACAUUGUUUACUGUUUAAUCAAUAUGCAUUGUGUGUCAGAUUUGGACAUUGUUGUUGGAAAACGUAUAAAAUCCAUAACUGUAAAAUGAGGACUUAAGUCAUUAAUAUCCUCAGCUUUGCCCCUACCUCCACCCAUCCUUGUGCAUAUCACUGUGUCUCAAAGUUGUCAUGAAACUGUGUAAUUAUCAAGCAUGCUGACUAUUAUCUCAGAUUUGUACAUUCAUUUAUAUUCAACAAUUUCGAAUGGAGUGUUUUAGCUGAAGUCAGGAGAUAUUUUACUGUUACAAAAUCUCUCGAAACAACCUCUUGUAUCAAUAUCUUCUAUUGUAUACAUUGCCCCACCUCCAUUCAUCUUUGCAUAUAUCACUGUCUCAAAGUUGUCAGGAAACUGUGUAAUUGUCAAGCAUGCUGACUAUUGUCUCAGAUUUGUAUAUUCAUUUAUAUUCAAUAAUUUCGAAUAUGUUGUUUUAACUGAAGUCGGGGGAUAUUGAACUGUUUUCAAAAAUUUCCUUCAGUUUCUUAAAAAUAGAACAAACUUAUUACCCUGAUAAUAAGCUGGUUUCAUUUGUUAAAUGGAAUUUUAUACCAACAAUGAGAAUUUUUCUUUAAAUUUAAAUUUAACUUCCUUUUUUUUAUGACAUAACGAUUUUUAUCUCAUUUUAAUUUAUACUUUCUUAUAUUGAGAAAAAAUUUCAAUCAGUUUUUUUUGGUGUGAUUUAUUAUUCAGUACGUUAAUCCGAUUCAUUUAAUUCUGUAUAAUGUAAUAGAACUUUUAAUUACAUUUUAAUUGCCUCUAAAACAAAUGAUGGAUGUAUUACAAAAUCUAUAUUGUUUUUCUUUGAUUUCAGACCAUUAUAAUUUCAAUUUUUUACUGACUAUCGAAUAAGAAUUUUUAAUAUUUUCCUUUCCUGUGUUUUUUCUUGCAAGCAGAAUAUUCAUUGUCAUUUUGCUGCAUGUAUUGUCUUUUAAAUGCACCUUUCCCCAAAAUUUUAUUAUUGUAAUUUCCAACAAUUUUGUGAGAAAUUUCUAGACUUCACUCUAAUAAUAAAGAACUUAACUACAAUAAUAAUAAUAAAAAUCUCGGAACUUUUUAGCUGAAAUUUUUAUUAAAUCCUGUGUGAUUCUAAGAUUAGUUAUGUUUCUCACAUUCGCACAAUUUUUCUAAUAUUGUGAAGCCAAGACAUACAUGGCAGGUAUUAUAACAUACAUUUAUUCAUUCUUCAUAACAUCUGCUUCUCUUUAUUGCAAUAUAAAUUUUAUUAUUGUACAAUGCAUAUUUAUGGAUAAAUUAAGUUUGAAAUAAUUUCUUUUCGCAAUGAAUGGCCUUUGAAUUGAAGUUUUUUAGAAAUACUGUAAACAUAAUAGUUGGUUAUCAGAAAAAUAUUUCACCGCACCUCUUUCUAUUUUCUGUCUUUGAUGAUGCAAUAGCUUUACUUGAUAUUAAUGAAAAUGUCUUCCAUGAACGGAGAUUCAAAUUUUUUACUUAACACAUUCUUUUGGUGUUGUUUAAAUUGUCAAAUUGUUUUCAUUAUUUUAUGGGUAUCAAUAUAUGUGAUCAUCUGAUAUUUAUAUAAUAGCAUUUUUUGUAAUAUAUUAUUUCUGAAAUAUUGCAAAUUUAUUUGGCAUGGUUUUGUACAUUUUAAUGAAAGUAGCAUUUUUAUUCAUUGCUUUGUCAAUUUGUUUGCAUAUGUGUAAUUUUUAAGAUUGUGUGAAUCAUUUUGUAAUUUUUAAACUUUGAUAUAAUCAGAAUGUAUAUUAUAAUGUUUAACUGUAGUUUCUUUUUUGUACCUGCCGAAUUAGU